GCAGCAACAGCGUCAGCAGCAACAGCAGCAGGGAGAGAGAAAAGGAGAGAUGGCCGCCUAGAUCUCACGACCAGCCUCCCUUCCAGCUGAGAAAUCACAGCUUUGACAAAGAACCGACCGUGGGUCGAAGUAGCAGCAGAAACACUGUCCCAUCCCAGCCCCACCAAGAGCCCCGGGAUGCUCCAGGGGGCUUGGCAGCACCAAUGGCCUUCACUUCCCGGUUCUCCCGGAGUGGAUCCAGGACUCCCACUCAGAGGACUCAUGACGACUCAAUCAACCACCCCAUCCUCAGCGUCUUUGAGCUGGAGAGGUUACUGUACACAGGAAAGACUGCCUGUAACCAUGCCGAUGAAGUUUGGCCAGGACUGUACUUGGGCGAUCAAGAUAUAGCAGCCAACCGUCGUGAGCUGACACGCCUAUGCAUCACCCACAUCCUGAAUGCUUCACACAGCAAGUGGCGGGGAGGCGCCGAGUUCUACGAGGGCAUGGGCAUCUGCUACCUGGGCAUCGAGGCACAUGACUCGCCCACCUUUGACAUGAGCCCCUACUUUCAAUCCGCAGCUGAUUUCAUCCAUCAGGCUCUGAGCAGGAGUGGAGGAAGGAUCCUUGUUCACUGUGCUGUCGGGGUGAGCAGAUCGGCUACCCUGGUCCUCGCCUACCUCAUGAUCCGCCACCACUUGACCCUAGUGGAGGCCAUAAGGACCGUCAAGGACCACCGAGGCAUCAUCCCCAACCGGGGUUUCUUGCGCCAGCUGGCCGCCCUGGACAACUCCCUCAGGCUGAAGCAGAGACCAUGAGCGGGUGGGUCAUAAGGAAACCACAGAUUGUUGGCGGGUAUGAGGCAUUUCUUUCUGGGCCAGAUUUCAGGUUCCAGUGUCCCUGAGCUUCCACAGAUUUUGCCCUGCAGAAGCCCAACUGUAAAGCUUCCCAGGCCUCCACCUGCCUUUAAUCUACUCAGUCUUUGCUUCAGGUGUCAAGCCAGCUCAGGUUUCUGAAGGUCUUUCUCCUUCCCUCUUUGCUGGCUUUAGGAAGCCACGGAAUGGGGUUCUCCUAGACAAUGUGUCAAUCUGAGACUGAGGCAGAUGUAAGCUGCUUACAUUUCUUUGGAGUGCUGCGUGAAAUUGCCUGUUGCUUCCUGUUUGCUCGUAACCUUUGUCAAAGAGUUUAGAUACCUCCCCACCCCAAUGUACUUUAUCUAUAAGAAUAAAAUCCUGCUGAGAUUA